AUGUUCACUACCACACCUCCAACCUAUACUCUCACCUUGCUAGGCGACGUCAUGCUUGGUCGUCUCGUCGACCAACUCCUCCCUGACUCGGUUCCUUCCGCCGACGACGCAGCACAUAUAUCAAACUUCCGUCGCCAGUAUCCUUCCCUUCAAUCAUACACCUACGCCUCGCCCUCCGGAAACGUCCUGCCACUCUUUCGCUCCAGCUCUCUCGUCCUCGCCAACCUCGAAACAUCCGCCACCCUGCAUCCAACUCCCUACCCCGACAAGACAUUCAACUAUCGCACUCACCCAUCCAACCUCCACAGCCUCACUACCGCCAACAUUGCCCAUGUCAGUCUCGCCAACAACCACACACUAGACUUCUGCGAGACGGGUCUUCUCGACACCAUAGCCGCGCUCAGACACCAAGGCAUCUCUUUCGCCGGUGCGGGAUCUACACCUGAGGAGGCCGCGCGACCCGCAGUGCUAACACUACCCAGCACUGACCCAGACCGACAAGCACACGAGAUCCACUGCUACAGCUUCUCCGACCACCCCGCCUCCUGGUCCUCCAUCCCGCUAUUCAAUCACAUCGACUACACGUCCGCAUCCCGCGCACGCCUGAAGUCCCAACUCACCGCCCCGCGCCCGGAUGGGCAUCGCCCUCCCGCACUAAAACUCGUCUCCAUGCACUGGGGACCCAACUACGCCUGGCAGCCAGCACCCGAGAUCCGCUUACUCGCGCGCUUUCUGGUUCGGGAGUGCGGCGUCGACAUCGUGCACGGGCACAGCAGCCACCAUAUACAGGGCGUGGAGAUCAUUGAGCGCAGCGAGGACCUCAAAGCGGAGGACGACGAUGUGCCUGGAGAAGGGGAGAGUGACAGACAUGCGACGCGGGAAGCAGGGAGUAAAGGCCUAGUCAUCUAUGGAUGCGGCGACUUCGUGGAUGACUAUGCCGUCAACGGUGUGUUUCGGAAUGACUUGAGCGCUGCAUGGCGGGUGACUGUCGGGUCCGCUGGCGGUAGUAGCGAUGGUGAUGUGCAAAAGGAUGCUGGGAGAGGCUUGGAGGUGCAGAAGCUGGAAGUAUUUCCCAAUAGGAUCAAGACGUUCCAGGCCAGUUUGCUGCGGAGGGAGGACCCGGAUCAUGAAUGGGUGAUGAAGAAGUUCAGGCAGUUGUGUAAGGAGAUGGGAACGGAUGUGCAGGAGGGAUUGGGCUCAGAGGGUCAAAUUGUCGUGGUUAUGUAG